GAGAUUUUCGGUCGUGCGUCACCGAGACACGAUCUUAUUCUUUCGAGUAAGACUUGUUAAUAAGCUAGUAUGUCCUGCUAACCGAGCUGGCUAACGUUAGCUAGCUAACUGCAUUGCAACUGAAGCUAGCCGUUAGCUGGGCGCUCCAUAAUGUGAUGUUAUGCAAGUCGUCAACGAAUUGGGACUGUAACUCUGCUGGUGGACGGCUGUGGAGCUUUAGCAUCUUGUGAGCGGUCUUGUGAGGAUGAGUUUGCGUCAGAAAUCCGGGAAAAGUAAUUAAGUUAGAGAGGCUGGUGUCGGGGCUGAACUGUGAGAACUGCGGAUGUCAGUUUACUUUGGUCCUGGUAGAGGAUAGUGAAGGAACUGUUGCAGGGAUAGUUGAAGAGUGCAUUUUUUUUGAAGGUGAAAGGUACAUUUGUAAAAUGAAAGUCAUGGAGAGGAAUGUGAUGCGUCUUGUGGCGGUGCAGCAGCUCCGUGCAGCCUAUGGCAUAAAGACAAAGAACUGGAACAAAAACAAAGCAGCCAGCUGCAAGCUAGCAGCCAGCAGCUCGACAAAGGUCUUCGGUGUGCCCUUGGAGAGCUUGCCAUACUAUAAUAUGGAAUGUGGGAGUGUGCCAAGUUUUCUUGUAGACGCGUGUAUGAAGCUGCUAGCACACGUCGACACAGAAGGCCUGUUCAGGAAAUCGGGCUCCGUCGUUCGCCUGAAAGCACUCAGGGCAAAACUGGAUUUGGGUGAGGAGUGCCUGUCCACUGCUCUUCCCUGCGAUGUGGCGGGUUUAGUGAAGCAGUUCUUCAGGGAGCUGCCGGAGCCUGUGCUCCUUACAGAUCUGCAGGAAGCCUUUCUCAAGGCCCAGCAGCUCCCCACCGAGGAGGAGAGAACCUCUGCCACCAUGCUGCUGUCUUGUGUGUUGCCUGACAAAAACCUCUCUGUCCUGCGUUACUUUUUCGACUUCCUCUACAAUGUGUCUCAAAGGAGUGCAGAGAAUAAGAUGGACAGCAAUAACUUGUCUGUAAUCUUGGCCCCCAACCUCCUUCAUUCUGGCGAUGGUACCGAGAAGAUGAACGCAAACACUGAGAAACGCCUCAAACUACAGGCAGCCAUAGUACACUGCUUCAUAGAGAAUGCCCACAGCUUUGGUGUGUUACCGCAGUUUCUUCUAGAGAAAGUUCCAGCCAUGAUGGGUUGUGAAUCUCCUACUCACCAUGAACUGGAAGAGCUGGACUUAAACUCUGGGAUGAAGAGAAAACCCAGGCGCAGCCUUGGAGAUAUGGUCAAUGGUGCACUGAAUAAGCUAAAAACUAAUAGAACACCUACAAAUGUCACCCAGGCAGACAGUCUUGUCUUUUCCUCUGCAACUCCUGUGAUUGCAACACCAUCCUCCAAGCGAAAGCUUCCUGUGGAAUCUGGUCAUUCGUUUGGAUUUUCAAACAAGAAACGUAGAUCUGUGAAAAAGAACCUUGGGAUAGAAUUGCUUCCCAAUAUUUUGUUCAGCGGGACCUCCACUCCUGGAUCAGCUUACAGCGCCUCUGGGGUCUUGGACACAUCCCAGAAUAUCCUGUCAUCAGCAGGGAGGUCUAGAAGACAAUCAGCUACCUCUGCAAGGAGAAAGAGCCGAAGACUUAGCAACAGACACGCUGUCAACAGAGUUGAAUCUGGAAAAGCUGGUUGCUUUUCUCCUAAAACCAGCAAAAAAGAAGCACCGCGCAAGUCUCUGCGCCUGCGUUUCAGCCUGGGGAAGAGCAGCAAAGACGCUGGAUCUGAGUCCAUUGGCUGGCGACUUGCCACGCAGGAGAGCACAACCAGCUUCCGUUUCACCAAAGAGACAGAGUUCAGUCCAACAGUUCUGCCUAGAAAAACCGAAUCCACGAGCUCGAAGUACAUUAGUAAGUCUGAAGACAACUUGCUGACACCACAAUGUGACUUAAGUGCCCACCGGACCUCCUGGAGUGGGGAGACCCCUGUAGGAGCCCAGGCUUUCAGCGGAGAGUCUUUCACAGACACCCCCAUGAACAUGUGCCUCAAGAGCAACUACGUGUCUGAGCCUACCAUCGUCAUAUCCAAGCCUCCAGCAGUGAGCAGCCUUCCGCUGAAGCUGUGCUGUGCUUCCAGCGCAGAGAGCCUUGAGAGCGAGCGCUCCAUCAAUGAAGCCCAGACACAAACCGGCCCCACCCUGCUGAGAAUCAAGAAGGCCUUCACAGAGUCGGGCAGUGACCUCCAGGCAGUCGUACAGGACUCCUGCAGCUCCACGGAAGCAAAUAUAACAAAACCGUCAGACAGCAUCCCAGUGGUUCCACCGGAGAGUCCACCUGUCACAGUUCUGUCUGUGGACGCUGAAGCCUCCCGAUUCCCAGCUCAGCAGAGCCUUCUGCCUAAUGAACAGAACGUUACUUUUGGCCAAAUUGAAAUCGCAGCUUUGUCUCCUUUGCAUAUCGACAGUGUAGUUUUUGAGUCUGAUGUAUAUUGUAGCCCCGUAACUAAGAACAACAAAGAUUCUCUCUGUGCUGCUGCGACCAGCAGCCAUCAUGGCUCCAUGGUGGAGCAGAGCGACACGGAGGCAGAGCAGGUGAACUGCAGCAGGCUGAUCGACGCUCUGGACAUUCAGAGUCCUGCUCGCUUCAAACUGGGUGUUUCCUCUGGACUGCAGUCCACUCCAUACAGGCUGGGUCUUGAACACAGAGAUGAGCUUUGUACACCUGAGGUCAGCACGGUACAUGAGACUGAAGCAGAGACUGGUACUAAAGUCCAAAACCAACAUCCUCUCUCACCACACAGACAGGAGACUGAAAAGCGCCGGGUGGCAGAUCACAUUCAACACUUCAACAAGCUCACCCUUAAUUCUCCCCGAGGCUCCAGGAGCCAACACAUCAGGUCACCGCUCAAGUUCCAGCGCACCCCUGUGCGGCAGGCUGUCCGCAGGAUUAACUCUGUCCUGGGGGACAGCAGGAGACCCACUAGAAACACAGAGUUCCCCAAAAACCAGAGUCAGGUGGCGAAGGCUGUGAGUCUAGAGAGCGGCCUGUCCCCUCACCCUCAUCAGAGAGAGCCACAAGUUGGACUGUCCAGCAGCAGGUGCCCCAUGAAGAAACCACCGCCCGUCCCGCCAAAAAAGCCAAGCACCUUGGCCCGUAAAGCCAAGGCCUGCGCUCUGGGCGACGUGACCAACAAGGCCCAACCAAAGAUCAAAGUGGACUGUUCUGUCUCUGAAACGUCAGGAGCUCAGAAAGCUCUCAUACAGCAGGUAGCAGAGAAGGAGAUGAACCAUUACAGAGGGUCACCGAGAAACCCUCUGAACCAAGCACGACUGCUGUCUGCUACUAAACCCGUCGAUCUAUAGGGAACGUUCCUUUGCCUUUCGUUUUUCCUCUUGCUAUGCAGUUCUCUGUCUGGUAAGAUUACAUGACAUAAAACAUUCCAACUUGUAUCAUCCAUAAUUUCAGGGUCUUAAUUUAUUUUUAACCAUGGUAGGUGCUGUUUUAGGAUCUUAUUGGGAGAUGCUCACAUGCCUUAUAUUUGUUUUACUUUAGUAAAACAAGGUUAGAAGUUAGAUAUGGACACACAUCAGCCUAUAAGAUAAUAGUAAGUAGUGUUUAGGUUGUAGCCUGCAGGCAAAAUGAUGUAAAAUGUGAUUGAUGGUAUGACUGGACGUGUUUUGAUCGAGAGUUUCGCUUUUAUUUAUGCAUUUUAUAGCUAAUCCAUAAGUAGAUGUGUAGGGAAAAAAAACUUGACUGAAGUGAAAGUUUAAGCUGUUUUUCUUUUUUGUAUUGCAAAAUAUUUUCUUACUGUCUUGUGUCAGGAGCAGGAAGGAGAAGAACAUGCACCUUUUGUUGGAUUUUAUGAGAAAAAAAAAAAAGCCAAACAGUAUUGAUUAAAUCAUCUGUCUAUUGCAGUCCAGUACCUUCCAAACUUUCAACCAGAAAAAAAAGUGAUUUGCUGUAUGAACUGCUUCAGACAAAUAAAAUCAAACAGCAUAUGUA